CAUUUUCUUCAUUCCGCCGCUUACGGAAGCAUAGCUGAAUGCUAUCGGACGCGUCCACAGGUUGCGGAUAGUGGGAUGCCCAAUAGAUAUAUUGGGUAGCUGCGAAUUUUUGAAAUAAGCAGUCGCGGACAGCUCAGCGGGUCCGAGGGGAGAGUCUCGGACCUAAAUUUCCGAGUGCCUAUGAUCCUUGGACUGACGAGGCGAAUCUAUUGGCGCCCCUAAAUUAACCAAUAUUGGUGCUGGUCUACCACCUUAAUAGACUCCCUAACACUGGGGUGUACAAGUACAUCCGUGCCCAUCAGUGUUCCUUAAGGUUUGCAGUCAGGGUACCGACUGUAUUUGAACGGAUACCUCGUUGAUACCUGGGCGCCUCAACGAGUAUUAGGCUUAGUUGCCAAGUCCUUACCAUGGUAUGGAGGCUAUGCCAUGGCGGACCUCAUCUCCUCCCAAGUCCAAAUGCUUUUAUGGAGAACAACAAUUUUGAAAACAUAACCCCCUAUUUAAAUUCUACCAACACGUUGACGACCCCGGACCAUCCCAAGGACAUGAGUACGCCCACAACUUCGAAGGCGUUAAAUUUUGCCAGGUAUGUUGCUUUGAGGACAGCAAUCACGGGCGGAGAAGAACUCACAAGCGGCGAAAUUUCGGCUCUCUUAAAAGUGUGGUCGAACGUCGAAGAGCUCAAUGCGUCGGAUAAAAACCACGAACCCCUUCAGCGGCAAGAUGCGAUAGAAGAAGACCAAUCAACGGAGAGUAUCUCUGACAUAAUUUCUGUUUCUUCGGAAAACCUUGACACCAAAGAUCAGAAAGCCAAAAGGGGCUACAAGCGGGCAGUAAAAUAUUGCAGAAAAUUUAUCGACAAGGAUCGCUCUGCCAUAACGGAGAGGGAAAAGUGUUUAAUCAAGACGAACUUGAAAGUAGUCCGCAAAUAUGAAAAGAAUCACCCGCAUCUACCUAAGACAUCUCCUGACUUUGAGACUCUCCUACUUCCAGCGACGGGUUUUGACAAACGGACGUGCCCUACUGAGGGCUCGGACAUGGACGAGAAGAAGCCUUUCGCGGACGUGUUCUGGAACACAUCAGCUGUCGGUGCUCUCGACCUAACGACAACGCCAGCUGUGAGGUCAAGCCCCGACCCAAUUGAGCAUGUAGCGCCUUCUGUAAAAAAAUCAAGGACACGAAAGCGUAAGAAGAAUGGCCCUGGAACGAUUUCUACCUCUAAUUCCAUUGCUUCGACGAAAACCGAAAUUUCUACACCAAACACAACUUUAAAGAGAAGAAAGUCAACUGAAGAACCGAUUUCGAACUCUGUAAAGAAAAGAAGGUCAACAGAGGAACAGAUUUCGAUUUCUGAAUCCAUGGCUUCGAAGAAAACUGAAAUCUCUACUCCACACACACCUGCAAAGAGAAGAAAGUCAACUGAAGGGCCACACCCGCAUGCCAAGAAACCCACGCUAAAUCGGAUUUCUAUGACACAAGUCUCCUCUUUUUCUUUUCCUGCCACCAGCCAGAAAACUGUGAACACGAAGGUCGACAAUGCCCAGACGAUGCAAAACUCCAAUCUGAGCCAAACGGCGACCUCCAAGUCACAACAACAAGGCCAACAGGCGAGGAAAGGAAAAUACUCUCAUACAAUGUAUCCCAACCACCUUCGGUUGGCGAUCAUUGACAAAGCUCAUCCUGAGGGAAGAAUCAGUGAUAGUCGGUGGCUGCUGAUUGAGGAAUGUCUUAGGGACAUUGUCUUCUCGGGAGCAGGGAGUCCCAUGCAAAUGCAGUUCGGCAGUGCAACCCUUUAUAAGGGCGUCAAAGUAAUCUGCUGCGAAAACGUGGAAUCCAAGGAUUUCCUCGUCAAAACAGUAGGUGAACUGGGUGUCCUAUGGGAAGGUAGUGAACUAGCGGCUGUGUCACUAAAGGAGAUUCCCUGCGGAAGAAAAUUGUCGGCAUGGGUACCCCCACCAUUGGUGGAUCCAGCGCGCAUUCUAACGAUCUUGGCUAAACAGAAUCCCAAUCUACAGACGGAUAACUGGCAUAUAGUUAAUUCCAGUCCGGAUAGCGGAGGCCUUGUCAUUAAGGUUGCCAUCGAUGCCAAGGGACAAGAGUAUCUACAGGCUCGUGGGGGAAAAUUACAUUUCGGUUCGGGAUGGAUACGAUUCCGUAUCACACCGACACGCUAGGAGUAUCCACGCAGCCGCAACUUCGCAUCACGUACAUAAACUUGCGUCACUGCAAGACUGCGGCUGAAUUAGACUCACCAACACUGAAAGUGAGGAUGUAAACACAAACUUAAAGAGUCAUUUAUUUCGCACCAGGAAAAUAUAUGAAAAGAUUGCUCAAAGAAUUUGGGGCGCAAAAGCGACUCCGCUGUGGCUGCAGAUAAAGCAGCAUCAAGGAAGGAAGCUGAAGUUGGUGAACAGUUCACAGAUUGGUCACGAUGUAUAUUUUGAAGAUUAUAUAUCACCACUCAUGAACAUCUUACAAUGCAACUUGAUAUCAGAAUUCCUGACUGCGCUGUCUGGACCGCAAAGGAAACCAACCCUAGACGGUGAACCUCUUUUUUUUAUGAAAGUCACAGAUACAAUGGAGAAUGGGUGCAGGAGACUUCGCGACAGCUUACAGUUGGAAAACCUAGAUCAAUCAUAUCCAAAAAUCAAAUAGGUUAUUUGCUUCCCUAAAGAAUCUUGCCUAACGUUUGUGGUAUGAACUUUUACUGUCACCGAACACAUGACGAAAAAUUGAGCAGAUGAUGACACUGUUUAAUACAGACUCUGCGAGGACGAGGAGGAAGACUCAUACUGACAGAAGAACAAUCGAUCCAAGAUAUAAACAUCUUCCAUGGGAAACCAUCAUCAGCCAUUCUUAAGCCGGGCAAAAGUCACUUGUAAUUGCAAACAACGCGAAAACAGAAACUUGUAACAACAGCAUUCUUUAAAUAAAAGUUUAAAACAAA